ACGGUGGCCUCUGUGUCCUCUACGCAGGCUGUCAUCCAAAAUCCCUUCAGUAAUGGUGGCAGCCCGGCCGCCGAGGCUGUCAGUGGGGAGGCACGCUUUGCCUAUUUCCCAGCCUCCAGCGUGGGAGACACUACGGCUGUGUCGGUACAGACCACAGACCAGAGCUUGCAGGCCGGAGGCCAGUUCUAUGUCAUGAUGACCCCUCAGGAUGUGCUCCAGACAGGAACACAGAGGACAAUUGCCCCCCGGACACAUCCCUACUCCCCGAAAAUCGACGGAACCAGAACCCCCCGGGAUGAGAGGAGGAGAGCUCAGCACAAUGAAGUGGAACGGAGGCGGAGGGACAAGAUCAACAACUGGAUCGUCCAGCUUUCGAAAAUCAUUCCAGACUGUAACGCAGACAACAGCAAGACGGGAGCGAGCAAAGGCGGCAUCCUGUCGAAGGCCUGCGACUACAUCCGCGAGCUCCGCCAGACCAACCAGCGCAUGCAGGAGACUUUCAAGGAAGCGGAGCGGCUCCAGAUGGACAAUGAGCUCUUGAGGCAACAGAUCGAGGAGCUGAAGAACGAGAACGCGCUGCUUCGUGCCCAGCUGCAGCAGCACGGCCUCGAGACGGUGGGCGACGGUGCCCGGCAGUGACGUCCCCGGGCCCCUGCUGCCCCUCCCCCCAGCCCUUAGCACAGAGAGGGACGGAUGCCCCUCCCCCAGCUGCGUUUUUUUAUAGUAGAUUUUUAACAAAAACGGGGAGAAAUAAUGCAUUUCUGUGGAUACAGCCCCCAUCACCCACCUGAACUUGGAAACGACAUUGCCCCUCACCUGUCUGUCCCCCUCUCCCUCGCCCUCCCCGCCUCCCCUGGCACAUCUAGCCCUGCCUGGAGGCAAGAGGGAGGGAGGGAGACACGGGCCCUGCCGGACCCUGAAGCCUCCUGGGUCUCUACAGGUGCUGAGACAGGGGGCUAAGGGGAAGGAGAGGAGCUUCAGGGGGCUAAGGGGUCCUCCCCAGGGCCUGAACCUUAGCAGGGAGGCCACGUCCCAUCCUUACCUCUUGUUUCUGGAACCCUGCUCCCCUUUGGGUGUAUGUGUGUGUGUGUGUGUGUGUGUGUGUGUGUGUGUGUGUGUGUGUGUGUUUUAAUUUUCUUUAUGAAAAAAAAAAUGGACAAAAAAAAUAGAGAGGUAUUUAACUGCAAUAAACUGGCCCCAAGCGGCCCCCGCCUUGUCUGUC